CACAGGCUGGGCUCAAAGGGCACUCGGCGGGGACCCAGCAGUGAGCGCCGCGAUGUGGACUGCGCUGCCCCUACUGUGCGCUGGGGCCUGGCUGCUGAGUGCUGGGGCCACCGCUGAGCUGACCGUGAAUACCAUCGAAAAGUUUCACUUUACGUCAUGGAUGAAACAGCAUCAAAAGACGUACAGCUCGCGGGAGUACAGCCACAGGCUGCAGGUGUUUACCAACAACUGGAGGAAGAUUCAAGCCCACAACCAGAGGAACCACACAUUUAAAAUGGGAUUGAACCAGUUUUCAGAUAUGAGCUUUGCCGAAAUAAAACACAAAUACCUCUGGUCAGAGCCUCAGAAUUGCUCAGCCACCAAAAGUAACUACCUUCGUGGUACUGGCCCCUACCCGUCCUCCAUGGACUGGAGGAAGAAAGGAAAUGUUGUUUCACCAGUGAAGAAUCAGGGGGCCUGUGGCAGCUGCUGGACUUUCUCAACCACUGGGGCCCUAGAGUCAGCUGUGGCUAUUGCCAGUGGGAAAAUGAGGACCUUGGCUGAGCAGCAGCUGGUGGAUUGUGCCCAGAACUUCAACAAUCAUGGCUGCCAAGGAGGUCUCCCCAGCCAGGCCUUCGAGUACAUCCUGUACAACAAGGGCAUCAUGGGAGAGGACAGCUACCCUUACAUAGGCAAGAAUGGUCAGUGCAAAUUCAACCCAGAAAAGGCCGUCGCGUUCGUCAAGAAUGUUGUCAACAUCACACUCAAUGACGAGGCUGCAAUGGUAGAGGCUGUGGCCCUAUACAAUCCUGUGAGCUUUGCCUUUGAGGUGACUGACGAUUUUAUGAUGUAUAAAAGUGGCGUCUACUCCAGUAACUCCUGUCAUAAAACUCCAGAUAAAGUAAACCAUGCAGUCCUGGCUGUUGGCUAUGGAGAACAGAAUGGAUUACUCUACUGGAUUGUGAAAAACUCUUGGGGCUCCAACUGGGGGAACAAUGGGUACUUCCUCAUUGAGCGUGGAAAGAACAUGUGUGGCCUGGCUGCCUGUGCCUCCUACCCCAUCCCUCAGGUAUAAGCCACGGCUGCACAGGCAACUGCUUGGCAGACAAAGGGGGGAACUGGUCCUACGAUGAGAAUGCAGCCCUGGAGAAAGUUGUUCGGAAAUCUACCCAGAGGCCCUCUCACUCCUGAGUCUAGACGCCUAAAGACAGUAAGGAAGAACUUGACCAGCAACAAGCCCGCCCGUGUGACGACAUCACCAGCCAUACGCUUUGUUUGAAUAUGGUUUUUAAAUGACCCAAAACCAUGUGAACCUAGAAUCUUCUCUUUCCAGCUCUCUUCACAUAGGGAAAGCUCCGAUGGCUACCUAUCCUAUGUUGUAUAUUCAAUAAAUGCAGUGAACGCCUGCCUGGGCUGGGCCUAGACCCCUAA